AUGGCAUCCAUAACCCGCGCCCUACGACCGCUGUCGAGGAAGGCCUUUGUGCCUCUCCUGUCCACCGCGAGCAGAGCUACGGCCUCCAGGGCGGCGCAAUGCUCUCGCACUUUCUCUUCCACGCCUCUGCGCCGUGAUGCCGAGCUCACGCCCACUCCCAUCACCUAUCUGUCCGAGACCGAGGCGAUGAUGGCCGAGUCCGUCUCCAAGUUCGCACAGGAAGAGAUAGCCCCCAAGGUCAGAGAGAUGGACGAGGCCGAGGUUAUGGACCCGGCCGUUGUUGAGCAGCUGUUCGAGCAGGGAUUGAUGGGCAUCGAAAUCCCGGAAGAGUACGGUGGUGCCGGCAUGAACUUUACCUCUGCCAUCAUCGGCAUUGAGGAGCUUGCGCGCAUCGACCCCAGCGUCAGCGUCAUGGUGGAUGUGCACAACACGCUCGUCAACACCGCAGUGUUGAAGCACGGCAGUGCAGCCAUCAAGAGCAAGUGGCUGCCCAAGCUCGCGACCAACACCGUUGGAUCAUUCUGCUUGUCCGAGCCCGUGUCUGGAUCCGACGCCUUUGCUCUCCAGACCAAGGCCGAGAAGACUUCUUCCGGCUACAAGCUCAAUGGCAGCAAGAUGUGGAUCACCAACUCGAUGGAGGCUGGGUUCUUCAUCGUCUUUGCUAACCUCGACCCCAGCAAGGGGUACAAGGGUAUCACCGCCUUCAUUGUCGAGAAGGAUAUGCCUGGAUUCAGCAUCGCCAAGAAGGAGAAGAAGCUCGGUAUCCGUGCCAGCAGCACCUGUGUCCUUAACUUUGAUGACGUCGAGGUUCCAAAGGAGAAUCUCCUGGGCGAAGAGGGCCAGGGUUACAAGUAUGCCAUCAGCUUGUUGAACGAAGGCCGUAUCGGUAUUGCCGCUCAAAUGACCGGUUUGGCCCUUGGUGCCUGGGAGAAUGCCGCAGGAUACAUCUGGAACGACCGCAAGCAAUUCGGUCAGCUCAUCGGUACCUUCCAGGGUAUGCAGCACCAAGUUGCUCAAUCAUACACCGAAAUCGCCGCUGCCCGUGCCCUCGUCUUCAACGCCGCCCGCAAGAAGGAAGCCGGUCAAGACUUCGUCCAGGACGCCGCCAUGGCUAAACUGUACGCCUCCCAAGUAGCCGGCCGUGUCUCCAGUCUCGCCGUAGAGUGGAUGGGAGGUAUGGGCUUCGUCCGCGAAGGCAUUGCCGAGAAGAUGUUCCGAGACAGCAAGAUCGGUGCCAUCUACGAGGGUACCAGUAACAUCCAGCUGCAGACUAUUGCCAAAUCGCUGCAGAAGACGUACACCAAGUAA